AUGCAGGCCGUCUUAACUAGAUCCCAGCCAUACGUCUCCAAGGCCCCAAAGCAGUACCCGUUCGUCCACGAGGAUAUAUUCAACGCUACUCGCACUGUCGUCAUUAUUGCUGGAAAGGGCCAAUGGGUAUAUGAUAAGCUGAAGUUUGAACUCAGGGAAGCUGUCAAUGCCGUAAAUAAACAUUUGAACCCAACCCAAGACGUGGGGGUCAUGGAGUGGCUGGAGGAACUUGUCUCCGCUACUGUCUGGUUCGAUCAAUGCGUGCGCUUAUUAGAGGCACUCCUAACAUAUCUUGACCGCGUCUUUGUCCCUCAAAAGCUAGAUACACUCCAUAUUAGGCAACUUGCAGUGCAACUCUACAAAACGCAUGUAUUCUUUCAAGACAGGACUUCGUCUCGCAUAAAGGAAGCUGUACAAGACUGGGCAACGUCUGAACGCCGAGACAGGUUGGUACAUCCUCGGCGUCAGACAGUCGUCACACUUGUAGGCCUUCUCUCGGACUACGCGCUGUUCGGAGAUCUCCUCCUAGAACCAUAUAAUAUGGCCACGCGUUCCUUCUACCUGAGGGAGUCCGAGCAACUGGCAGAAUCGUUGAAGGACGAUCAAAAUGCCUUCCUUCUACAUUGUGCGGAACGUCUGCAAGAAGAGCAGAAUCGUAGUUCCGAUGUACUUGCUUCAUUUGAAGGAGACUGGCUUAAGAUUCAGAAGACUACAGAGAUAUCACUAUUGGAGAGUAGGUUGCAAUGGCUAAGUGCUGGGAUCGAAAGCUCGGUGAAUGGAAGAAAUAUGGGAGGUUUGCAUCGCAUGUACAAUCUUUUCGAGAGGGUCGAAGGGCUGGGAGUUCUAUGCGAUGCAUUCAAAGAGCAUGUGCAGAAGACCGUGGCGAGUAUCGUGAGUGACAAAGAACGUGACGAGGAGUUGGUAGACCGGCUGCUGGACUUCAAGCGCUUCGUUGAUUCUGCACUGGAUGAGGCGUUUGCUGGAAACAAGCUGUUCAAGAACGCAGCAUCGGAUGCAUAUGCUACUGGAUUCCGUGUGCGGAAAAUUACGCCUGCAGAGAUGAUUGCGAAGUAUCUAGAUCGCGAAAUGCGUCGCGGACAGAGGGAGGCGAGCGACGAAGAGUUCUCGCGAAAACUCGAUGCUGUGCUCGCGUUGUACCGUUUCACCCGUGACAAAGACGUGUUCCGAACAUUCUAUCAUAAAGCACUCGCGAAGCGUCUUCUGUUACAACGCAGUGCAUCAGACGACUUUGAGAAGUCAGUGUUGAAAACGCUCAAAGAACAUUACGAUCCGGAGUUCAGUAUGGGUGACCAUAUGUUCCGUGACCUUGCGCUCUCGCGAGACCUCAUACGAGAGUUUCAAGAGCGCGAAUCUCGGAAUGCAUCAGAAUCUGGCGCCGAACCGCCUUCACACCGACUAAACGUAAUGGUGCUGGAGGCCGCGUUCUGGCCAUUCUCGGCGAAACGCUCAGGCGAGGCUGUCCUGCCAAACGCGAUGCAAACAGAGCUAGCGCGCUUUGAGACCUUCUAUGCCAACAAACACAAGGGCCGCAAGCUCCACUUUGAUCACUCGCUGGGCACUGCAGCGCUUCGUGCGCGGUUCAAGGCAGGUGAGAAGGAGCUUACUGUCAGCAUGUAUCAGACGCUCGUGUUGCUGUUGUUCAAUGAAUCGGAUGAAGUUGGAUUUUUGGACAUCAAGGAGCAGACGCGAAUUGAUGACGCGGAACUCCGACGAACCCUUCAAUCACUGGCCUGCGGGAAGAAGAAAGUUCUCAAGAAGAAACCGGUAGGCCGAGACGUGAAUGACUCGGAUGUCUUUGCCUUCAAUGCGGACUUCACGGAUGAGCGAGCUCGUGUCCACAUUAACUCCAUACAAGCGAAAGAAACGCCCGAGGAGUCGAAACGCACUCAAGGCGCAAUAGCGAUGGAACGCAAGAGCUUACUUGACGCAGCCAUUGUGCGAAUUAUGAAGGCGAAGAAAACAAUGUCGCACCAGGCACUCAUCAACGAGACUGUAGAUGUGAUGAAGAAGCAUUUCCAGCCCGACGUUAGCAUGAUCAAAGUUCGCUUUGAACAGCUUAUUGAGCAGGAAUAUAUGAAGCGCGAUGAAGACGAACCAAACAAGUACGUAUACGUUGCAUGA